GCUUGCCUUGCCGCCUUCUCUUGCUGAGAACUUCAAGGAAUGUGGAGUUUCAAUUCAUUAUUCAGAAGAACUUCAAGAAGCUUGGCCUAUCCUGCCCCCCUUCACUCUUUAAGUUUCAGUCACAAUCUUACUGGCACGGGGAAGGCAAGUAGGCGCUUCAAAGGUACAGGGAAUGGGUUGCGAGGCAAAACGGAGGGCAAGUUGAAUUUGAUUUGAAGGAGUCGGAGGGACCAUGGCUAGCUCCUGCAGUGUACUCCUCAGCCGAACCGGGGCGAUUGCUCUGCAAAGAGUUGCCAAUCCUCGCUUAGGUACUGAUGACUGGACGAUGGCUAGCGUGUUCAUUGGCUCAAGAAAAGCAGGGCCAAGGAUUCGCAGGGCACCACGAGUGGUUGCAGCUUCGAUGGACUGGACAUCGGUCCCUGCUUGGGCGGUCAAAGCUGUUGUGACCAAACUGGUUCCCCCAAACCCGUGUGGCGGACAGGGCUACUAUCUAGAUCCUAGAACAAAGGCCUGCGUAUACAUGUGCCGGCCGGGAUACAAGUACGACCCCGAGACGAAGACAUGCGUUCUGGUGUCCGAAGUGUGCGAGCCGGGGUACGUUCUCAAGGACGGGGAGUGCGUGCCAGACACUAAUUGCGGGGACGUGUACGUGUAUGACGAGGACCUGAACGCGUGUGCCCCUGUGCAGGGGUCUAUAGAAAGGGACAGAUCAAUUGGAGACCGGUUCCUGGCCUGGGCAGCGGCCCAGCUUUUCGAAACGAAGGAGGAGUCAUGCCCGGUGGGCUUUUACUUCGACCCGAACGCGGUGGCAUGUGUGCCUUUAUGCGCACCAGGCUAUCUGUACGAUAGGGAUCUGAAGCGCUGUGUGCCCAUCUCACAAGUCGCUUCCAAAAUGCGACGAGCCCAGGAGCCGCCAGAGUAGCCGAGUUGUCAGGAACCGUCCGCGUUGCUUUUGAGAUAGUGAGCAGAUGUGUUGACCAGGCUGCAAGCAGCUGCCUGGCUUUGAGUUAGAGCCUAGGUCCGCGUGUUUUUGGCACUCCGAUGUCGCCUAGAAUUACGAUUCGAGAGUUGUACAUUGUUAAUGACAGUGUUGUUUUCCAGAAGCCACGUAAUACUACCGGAGGGGAGGAUUCGGAGCCCUCAAGUAUUAUGUAUGCAAGUGGACCAUCCGUUUGUUCUAGCCAGCGGGCCUAGCCUUACACUGAGACCGAAUUUGAUCCUGGUGAAGUCAUCUUUUGCACACUGAUGUGUUCUGUCACAUCCUCCCCGGCCAACAAUUAUGGUUCCACAGUCCAAUCCGUCG